AUGUCCCUUACCCUCAAACUCUCCUCUCUCGCCAUCCGCACUCUCUCAAAGCCAAUUGCCAACCAAAUCAAGGCUCAGGCACGCGAACAUGAGCGUUUCCGACGGGUCUGCGUUGCCAUGGCGCAAUCUCUUCACCGACUCGACAUGCGUCUCCGUCUAGGCACACUGCGCGACAACGCGACUUCGCAGAGACAAGCGGCGGCGGAAGCGGAAGUCAGGAAACUCAAACCUACAUCACCAACUGCAAAAACACACGCGGAAGCCAAGGCGGAGGAGGAAGCUAUCGCGAAAGCCAAAGCGGCAGCUGAGGAAGCUUCAAAGCCCCGAAAACCACACAUUCGGCCGCUAUCCGAAUCCAAGGCCAUCGAGUCCGGUGCAACAUUUAUCAGCGAAGGGUUCUUGUUUAUUGUGGCUGGCGGGUUAAUUAUUUUUGAGUCAUUGAGAUCUCGGAGAAAAGAAACCACCCGCAGAGAAGACGUAGAGUCUCGGUUAGUCGAACUUGAACAGUCAGAAAAGGCUGCCCGGCUUGCUCUAGUGGCUUUGGAAAAGGAGCUUCUACUUCUAAAGGUUAAGCACGGGGUUCUAUCAAAAUCCUCGCCCAGAAUUCUCCCCCGCGAAAUAUGGGAGGCGGAGAAUCAAAAGGUGGAAGAGGCUGAAGAGCCAAGCCUGUGGUCGCGCCUAACAUCUUAUCUGCCGUUUGGCCAGAGCGAAGAACAGCCAGAUGAACCUGUUGUAAACGCAAGUCAGACCACGAAGACCACGAAUGCAGCAACAUUGGCAAAUAGCAAGACACCAGUAUCAUCGACGAAUCCAGACUCAAAAGAGCAGUCGUCAUCAAAAUCGGAAGAGGUCUGA